CAGAAGCACCGAUAAGACCAAGUUUUACUGCCAUGCUGCUUUUAAUAUAACAGAGCAACAUUACUUAGGGAAAAAAAGAAGGUUGUUUUUUUUUUUUUAACUACCUAUGCCUUAUGGCUGCUUAAGACUUCUGCUGAAAAAAGAAGCAUGUCAGGAAACUCAGGAUGCCCCAUUUUCUUCUGGGGACUUCUAGCCUUCUUGGGUUUGGCUUUGGUCCUAUCGGUGAUCUUCAAUAUUUCCCACUAUGUGCAAAAGCAGAGACAAGAUAAAAUGUGCACGUACUCUGAUGAUUACAUUCCCAGGAAUGCUGAAUAUUAUAUUGAAGACACACCAAUUUAUGGUAAUUUAGAUGACAUAAUCCCAGAACCAAUAGAUGAAAACUGCUAUGAACAAAUGAAAGCACGGCCUGAGAGAUUUGCCAGUGAGAUGGAGGAAGCCUCCCCGUCUGCACAGGCAAUCGCUGAAUCACAGAUGUGCUAUGCCUCCCUUGAUCACAGCUUUAAGGGGAAACGCAGAAAGCCGAGGAAACAGAAUACUCCUUUAUCAGACAAGAAUGAAGAUGGGCAAUUAUAUGCAACACAUGCCAGCAUUUCUAAGACCUCUUUGGUAGAUGGUUUCACUUCAGAAAGCCAGGCAAUAGAGGAAAAUAUUCAUGAUGAUCCUGCCAGACUAUUUGGAUUAAUUCGUGCUAAGAGAGAACCUACAGACUAGUUGGACUACAAUCUAGCUCUAAGAUUUGGCUCUUACUGAAGUUGGUUGUUUAGAAAACAUGGUCUCCACAUUACAUGAUCUAUCAAGGUGGUGAUCUGAUUAUUUCUUGAUGGGAUGGUGGAUUACCUCUUUUUUUUAUUUUUUAUUUUUAUAAAGCAAAAAUUACAGAUUUUUUUUUAAAUAGAGGACUUUACAGUCUUUUGUCUGUUAAAUGUUUCUUUCCUUUGCUCCUCCCAUCCGGCCUCUACCACCCACUCCCCUCCCUUACAGUCUCUGGUUUCUAUCCCCUCUGCUAUCAUAUCUCUGAAUCUUCCCAUUUCUGCCAUGGCCUCCAGACAUUUGAUGCAUAUAGAAUGGGUAUAUACAGUGUGUGUCUUUCAAUGUCUGGUUCACUUCACUUAACAUUAAAUCCUCUAUAUUCAUCCACUUUGAAUUUUCAGAAUUUCCAUUCAUGUAUACCAAAUGUAAUGCCAUGAAAAUGAUAUGAAUUCACUUUAAAAAUGGUUAAGUAGUUAAAAAAAAAUGACCAAGUAGUAAAAUAAAAUAAAAUCCAGUUUGCAAAGUGAUCCUGAUAACAAGGGCUCAGCUCUACAAUACCUAAUACUCAGGGAAAUAAACAACAACAACAAAAUUUAUCAUAACUAUGUUCUGGGAUGGGUUGAAAGAAAAAUAAAAUUCAAUCAUUUCUAGAAAACAUUUUUCCUUUCUCAACAAUGUGAUAUAUCCUAUAAUGAAAAUAAAUUUCUGAUUAAAGAUUCAGGACACAUUAAAAUACAUUACUAAGAGAAAAAAAUAAUCUUAGAAAGUAUAUUUCCCAAAUGGAAAUAUCUCCAUUAAUUUAUAAAUUACUGUAAAAAUAAUGCUUUUCAACAACAAAUACCAAGAAAAAUUUAGAAAUUCUAUCAACCAGAGAUACUGAGCAGUGUUCUAUAUUUCCUCCUAGAUAUUUUUCUGGAUGUGUUCAUGUACAUGCACCAGUUUAUUUCAUUUUUUACCAAAAGGGGGGAUUAUUUUAUACAUAUUUAAAUUUUCAUCACUUAAUAUAUUAUGAAUUUAUUUCCAAGGUAUAGUUAAUUCUAUUUAAAUCCUAAUUUUAAUGUCUGUAUAACAAGUCAUUAAUGAUUACACCAGAAUUUAUUUCAACAAUUUUGGAGAACAUUAAGCUUGUUUCCAACUUCUAUUUUUUGUUUUCACAAGUAAUAUUGUACUGGGAAUGUUUCUCCACAUGUCUGGAUCUUUGUCUGAUUUCUUCCUUAGACUGGAUGGCUAGAAAAGGAAUGGUUAUAUUAUAAGGUGUUCGUAUCAUGACUCUAUAGAGAAGAGAUUUAUGAAAGGUAUAGGAUUGUAUAUCUCACAAGCUGUGUAUCUCACCUAAAUUCUGAUAAAUGGUCCUUAACUGUCCUUAAAAAAUACUUUAAGAGGAUUUUUCUAUUGUCUUUCACCAUUUAAAAAAGCUGAUCAAGGUUUGUAAAUAAUUAGCAUUUAUUUUUCUUUAACUUAUCACAGUCUACAUUCAAAAUAUACAAUUUUACCUUGGAAUAGUGUAAGAACCUUAAAACAUUAUAUUUCUAUGUCUUCCUUUCUGACUUUGAUCUUACAUAGUUUUAUACAUUUUCAUUAUUUUUCCUUUAAACUAUCAAUGUCUUUUUAAAACAUUAAAAUAAUAAAAAAGCAUCUUCGGUUGAGCCACAGUGGUACAGCAGGGAUGCAACCUUUCAUGAUACUGAGGCCAAAUGGGAAGGUACCAGGAAGGUACCUGCAGAGAGACCCCAAGGUCUCUCUCUGUGUGCACACAUUGGGUACACAUAGGCAUGCCAUGAUCCUGGCUGGUUGAGGGUUGGGUUGGGCCAUAGUGUGAAGACCCUUUUAGAAUGCCUCCAUCUCAUUCUCUAUCCCCAUGGAAGAAAUGAAUAAACUUAAAAAGAUUUUUAAUUACAAAAAAAUUGAAAUCAUCUUCAUAUUUAUAUGUAUAGCUAAGAUUUCUAGUAUUCUUCAAUUAUUUGUGUAACUCCUGGCUUCUGUAAAAUAUCAUUAUCCUUCAACUUGAAGGACCUCUUUUAACAUUUAUUAUAGUUCAGGUCAACAGGUAAUGAAUUUCCUCAGCAUUCAUAUAUCUGAAAAGGGCUACUUGUUUUCAUUUUCAAAAGGUAUCUUCAUUGGGCAAAAGAAAUUUCAAGGUUGACACUGUAUUUUUCAGUGAUUUAAAGAUAUUGCUCCAACAAAUUGUCAGAUUUGCUUCUGACACCAAAUCUACUGACAUACCUGUGGUUAUACGUCUGUGUUCUGUAUUAUUUUCAUGGAUUUUAAAAUUUUCCUUGUCACUGGUUUUCAUUUGAUGAUAAUGUUCCCUGGUGCAGCUUUGUAAAUGUAUCUUUUGUUUGGAAUUUGUUGAGAUUCUUGGAUCUGUGCAUAUAUAGUUUUCAUCAAGUUUGGGAAAUAAACUGACCAAAAUUUCUUUAAA